UCCAGUCCUGUAACGUCAGGAUUGCGUCAAUUUGGGUUUCAACCACGUCCUUCGGUCUCCGAGCUCAGUUCGUCAGAAGAUCCCACGAACCACAGGAGAAGGGCUUUGCGAAUCACUGUGAAGGAAGGAGGUGGAGGGCGAAGGCAGCUGGACCCUCCCUGCCUCCGAGCUUCUCCCUGUCACCGUCGCCUCCUCUUUUUCCCAAAGCCUUCCCAAUCUUCCAGGCUGCUGUUUGCAUCACAUUGGGAAGCAAGAGAGGUUCCUCUGGCUGCCUGUGAGCCUCUGAGCCUCCCUCUCUCUGUGUGUGUUUUCCUUUCCUUUGCCAACUCAGAGGGAAGGAGCCAGGCAGAGCAUCCUUCAGCACCUUGGACAGAGCAGCAAGCAAACAACAUGGCUCCGAUCACAGCCAGCCGGGAAGAAUUCGACGAAAUUCCAACGGUGGUUGGAAUCUUCAGUGCCUUUGGGCUGGUCUUCACUGUCUCCCUCUUUGCUUGGAUCUGCUGCCAACGCAAAUCUUCCAAAUCAAACAAAACCCCUCCUUACAAAUUUGUCCAUGUGCUGAAAGGUGUUGAUAUUUAUCCUGAAAACCUCAACAGCAAGAAGAAAUUUGGUGCAGAGGACAAAGGAGAAGCCAAAAACAAGUCUAUCAUUCCAAAGAGUUCUCUACAUCUUGACCUCGAGAAGCGAGAUCUGAAUGGCAACUUCCCCAAAACAGUUCCGAAGAUAACAAGUUCCUCAGAAGUUGAGAACUCUAUUCCAAAAGUCUUUCCUGAGAGGGAGAAAGAUUCGGUGUCCCCUGAUAGCUUGAAAUCUAUCUCAUCUUUAUCUUCUGAAGAGAAGCAAGAUAAAUUAGGGACUCUCUUCUUCUCGCUUGAGUACAACUUUGAAAAGAAGGCAUUCAUGGUGAACAUCAAAGAAGCACGUGGCUUGCCAGCCAUGGAUGAGCAGUCAAUGACUUCUGAUCCGUACAUCAAAAUGACAGUACUGCCUGAGAAGAAGCACAAGGUGAAAACUCGAGUGCUGAGGAAAACCUUAGACCCGGCUUUUGACGAAACCUUCACCUUUUAUGGGAUCCCAUAUACUCAGGUUCAAGAUCUGAGUCUUCACUUUAUGAUUCUGAGCUUUGACCGGUUUUCUCGAGAUGAUGUCAUUGGAGAAGUACUCUUUCCUUUAUCAGGGAUUGAGUUGUCUGAAGGAAGACUGCUGAUGAACAAAGAAAUCAUCAAAAAGAAUGUUAGGAAGUCUUCUGGGCGUGGAGAGUUGCUGAUCUCCCUUUGUUACCAGUCCACAACGAAUACUCUCACUGUAGUUGUUUUGAAAGCGAGGCACCUACCCAAAGCUGAUGUUUCAGGAUUAUCAGACCCCUAUGUCAAAGUGAACCUCUAUCAUGCUGAGAAAAGGAUCUCAAAAAAGAAAACCCAUGUCAAGAAGUGUACCCCCAAUGCGGUGUUCAAUGAACUCUUUGUCUUCGAUAUUCCUUGUGAGGGUCUUCAAGAGAUCAGCAUUGAAUUCUUGGUUUUGGAUUCAGAUAGGGGAUCCCGGAAUGAAAUUAUUGGCCGGUUAACCUUGGGGGCUUCAGCAGAAGGAACAGCUGGAGAACACUGGAAGGAGAUCUGUGAAUAUCCUAGGAGACAAAUUGCCAAAUGGCACAUGUUAUGUGAUGGCUAACUGCAGAACAAGAGGUUGGAACUCUUCAAACAAGCAAGCAAACAAAAAUCCGUAGGCAAGGAUCAGUUUUCUUUCUUUGCAAUGUAUAAUCACAGGCUUGUGCCAUUAAAAAAGGACUUUUUGUUGUUGUUGAUAUUAAGACUGAAUUGAAUUGUCAAAACAAAAGGUAACUAACUUAUUUUCCAUUUGAUCAAGCUCUUUUUUGUUGCUCUCAACAACUGUAAAGAACAUGACAUAAUUUCAUAUUCAGUGGUUCAUAUUCUACUGGAGUUUACAGCUAAAGAGACACAAAGUGCUGUAAACUCAAUUACGAAGUCUGUUUUCUAAAGUAUUAUAGUACCAGAAUAACUAGAUGAUGUCACUUAGAUACUAGCAACCUCAUUAGUAUACGUUACCAGGCAUAAAAUCACCUGGGUUUUGUAGAAUUGAAAAAAAUAAUAAUUAGCUGAGCAAAUGGAAGAAACAUUCAUUUCAGCUUCAGAAUGGAAAACAACCCUUUCUUCUUCUUGGUUUUAUGAAAAUAGACACUUUUUCAGAUGAUUAGGGAUUUAUACUUUGAACAAUCCAAAGACUCUUUUUUUAGAAUUGAUAUUAGGUAUAUCAGAAGAUCAGUUUGCUAUUUAACUCAUGACAUAUUUUAUUGGAGGGGGGGAGAGAUUGAAUCCAUUAACUGGCACAGAACCAUUCAGAAUCUAGAGAAACAUCCCCUCCCCCCAAUUAUUAACUUUCUUUAAUAAAGGGCUCAGAUAAUACUGUAUGGUUAGAAUUUGUGCUUUAAGCUGUGGCAUGGUUAUUUAUUUGUUUAUUUAUUCAUUGGCCAAAAUAAAAAUAGAUUGAACAUUUCUUAGCAAAGUUGAAGCAAGUGGACAUAAUGGUAGAAUAUUAUCUAAAGAUGGAGGGAAAAACCUUAAGUAUAUACUCAUGUAUAAGUCUAGAACUUUUAGUCAAAAAAUCAACCCCCAAAACCUGGGUCAACUUAACCACAGAUCAAUGUAAAUGUUUUACCUGAACUUUUAUCAAAAAGAAGCCACCCCUUUCUCUGAGAAGAGUGGCAAAAGGUGAAAGCUUAGUUCACCCCAGGAGACCCUCAAUCCCCCCUAUUCUGUUUGCCAUGGUGUCACUUAUUUUUGGGCAGGAAAAUGGCAGCAUUCGGGAGGGCUGGAUGAUCUCCUGAAAUGAUUUCACCUAUCCAUGGAACAACUCUCAAAUUAUCCAUGGAACUUAUCAAAAUCUAUAAUUUUCAAUCCAGAACCUGCCCUCAACUUAUAUAUGAGGUAUAUACUUAUACAUGAGCAUAUAACAUAAUAUACUUUGAAAUUGCUGUAGAUUGAACUGAAAUGUCUUUAUUAUACAAUUCUAUUGAUUUCCAUCAUGCUAAAAAGGAAUAAAAGACAAUUGAAACGUGUUUUUUUAAAAACAACAACUCAUAAUUUAGAUGGUGUUAGGAUAUGCAGAGAAAGCAUCGAUCCUGCAAAAACUCACUAUUUGAAGUGGUUCAUGUUCAAACGUAAAAGUUUUAGCAGAAUCAGGCUUCCAGCUAACUGCAUACCUCAUGCUGACUCAGAAGUAGAUGAGCUGUUUUAUUGUAGCAAUUCACUUAGCUCAAUAUCGUGUGUGCCAUUGGGUCACUGUAUUGAAUACUGAAGGAAUAGUGGGAGGAGCAUAGCACUGUGGUGUGCAACAUGCAUGUAUCAUAUGUUUAGAUUUUAUUUAUUUAUCUUUGCCAGGUACGGGGAACAAAGUCUGACCUAAGGCUAGGACUAUAGGCCUUGUGACCUCCAAGGCAAACCUAUAUAUGUGUACCGCUGCCUGCCUGAGAUGUUUCUUAGCUUUUCCUUGCUGUUCAGGUGGCAAAAACACAAAAGCUUACUGAUGCACCCCUAGUGGGUUGCCUUAUGUGUUGGAUGGAUUACACCCAGCUUGGUGGGUUGCAAAACUGUGUAGGUCAAUACAGAGUAAAUUAGUGCACAAAUAUAAUAACCCUAAACCUGUGGAACGUAUUCAUAUGUUUACACUAGAAACAAUGUUAAGCUGUCAGAUUAGCACAAUUGCAGUAGAAAGGUUUCCAAUCCUAUCCUUUGUUGAUGGAUACUUGAGAUAGUGGAGAAAGUCUUCAUUUCAGCGCAAACUAGGAAACCUGCCAGAAUUACAUUUGCCGCUGCACAAUUACCAUUAGAAAAUCCUGUGGAGAUUCCACGGCAUAUAGACACAUAUGUUCAGCCAAAUGAAUUUCCUAGGUUGGUCUUAAAAGCCAAGAUUGUACAGGGAUCCCUCUCUGAAACAUCUCAGAAAUAACCAAGUAUAUAUAAUGAUAUAAUGUUAUUUGAAUUCAUGUCUCCAUGGAAAUCCUUCUCAAUAGACUUCAGUGGAGGCAAAGAUCACAUGGAAACUUUUAGGACCAGGCUUUUGUGUUAUCAAGGGGUCACAGGAUUGUCCUUUUGAUGUGAAUAUGUACAAUGCUUUGUUUGAAGGGUAGGGUUUUGAAUGGUGUUUCAAAGGAAAAAGAAGCUUCAGGGCUCACAUUCCUGUAGUGUGGCUGAAGCACUGUCUUUAUCUAGUUGUCCUAGUGAUCUGUCUAAAAUGUGAAUAUCUUGACCCACUGCCCAUUAAUUUGGAAUUAGAAGUAUUGGGAAUUUUGAGCCAGUCUAAGACCUGACUUGAAGUCAUGAUCCACAAAUAGCUGCUGAGAUGAGAGCCUUCUCUUGCUCAUGCAUUCUUUUUGUUGCUGAAAUGCUUUUCAGCAGGAGAAGAGGAGAAGAUGUAAAAAAAUCUGAAGGGUUCAGAAUACCAUUACCAUGGAAUUUAAUGGGACCAAAUGGGCUGAAAUGGAAGGAUUUUGGCAAAACUGCUUAAUGGAUCAGAACCAAUGUACUCCAAGGCAUAUGUAAUUGUUUAAAAAGACCCAUCAAGCAUUGACAAUGAAAUCAGGGUUCUACCAACUAAUGCUGGAGGUUUAUGUAGGAUUUUAACUGGAACCAUGGUUUGGCCAGAACAGGAUGAGCAAGGACUGGGAUGUGAAAUAUGCAACAAAUAUUACUGAAAGAAUUCCAUUUGGAGUCUUUCAGGUUUUUGUGUUGGUAAUUUAUCCAGGUUUUUGAAUGAUGUGUUUGAUAUAACUGUGUUUAUAUAAGCUCUAAGGCAUUUUCACAACAUGCUUUUUAUUAAAAUGCUCUGUGUAAAAAUAAUAAUAAUAGUGAUGCAACUUGUGUAAAAAGGAGUCAAAUCUAUUUUGUUUUGUUUAGACCAUUUGUAGGCCAACAUCUGUCCAGGCUUGAAAUCCUCAGAUAACUUACUCCAAGGUAGACCCAUUGAAAUGAUGAAGAAUUGAUCCUAAAACUACAAUGAAGCCAGUAGGCUUUGAUAUGGAUCCUAUCUGUAAGGAAAGAUAUCUGUCAAACCAUGGGCAUUCUGCUGAACUGAAGAGUUGAGAUGACCCAGUAAUGCUCACAUUAAGACUAGAAGUAACAAGCAUUUCAGAUGGAAAGAGCUUCCAACCUAAUCAUAAAUGAAAAAAAUGUGACCCAAAAAUCAAACACAUUUAGUUCAAUAGAAAAUUGUGAUUAUGAUCUGUAUCUUUGUGAACUCACUCUUAAUGAAACUUAUUUAAACAACAAGAGUUGUGAGUUUUUUGUUGAAUUAAUGUUGAACUUGCCUGUCCUUAGUCUUGGGCCCUAAGUGUAAAAAGUGAGUAGAGCAAUUAAAACAUCAAUAAAAUCAUGAAAUCCUGUAGAGUUGGGAAGGUCCACAAAUGCCAUGGAGGCCAAUCCAUUACCAAUGCAGAAGUAUUCAGUGAAAGAACCCAAAUUCUCUUUUUUAAAAACACCAGUGAAGGAGAGUCCUUCACCUUCCAAUGUGGUCUUUUCUACUGUUGGAAGUUCUCCUUGACAUUUAUUGGGAAACUCCUUUCUUGUAAACUGAAUCCAUUGUCCCAGGUUCCCACCACUAGAACAGCACUAACAAGCUCUUUCUAUCUUCUUUGUGACAGCUUUUCAGAUACUUAAAGAUGGCCGUCAUAGCACUUCUUGAUCUUCUCUUUUGUAAAUUAAGCAUACUCAACUCUCUCAACUGUUCUUAAUGGGGCUUGGUUUCCAGACUUCUAAAAUCCUCUGUAACAUACAGAAAUUCAUGGAUGAAGGGCUGCCUGGAAGUAGAAACCUGUAAAUCUCUAGUCAAACCCUUGUCUACCACAUCAUCUCUAGUCAUAUGGUUUGAUAUUGGUCUUCAGCCACCAUUCCAUACCAGGUCCCAAAUUCUCACUUCAGUAAUAUGCCUUGAUUUGUUUGUCUUCAAAUAAAAUCUGGGGUGGUGACAAUCUGUCAUUUUGCAACCAGUAGGUAAUAUCUAAAAGCCUGCCUUAAGUAGUGUGAGAGAUACCUUUCCUACUGGUGGAAUGACAGCUACCGGGGUGGGAGAGAACAAUUCUUUUUUACACUGGGCAAAUUGUAAAUAGGGUCCUCUUUUUUUAACUCUUAAGAAAUGUUUGUCUUGCAAAAUCCAGCUGCUAACCUGUCCAGGACUCAGCUGGGAUUGAAAUAUAUGUGAUCAUGCCUUUAAGAGAUGAUGAAAAAAUAAUUGCUGUUUUAUAAAGUAUUUGGUUCUUAAUGUGAAUAUCUUGAAAUCUGUUAAGGCUAAUGUCCUGUAUCAAAACUUGUAAAAUAAUGUUUGUCUAAGUAGAUAAGAACAACUACAAAAGAUGAACCCAAAAUGGGAUCUUAUUCAUGUUUGGAGACUUGUUGUAACUCAAUAACCAAUUUGUUAAUGAUGUUGUACAUUCAAUAGAAGUUCUUUGGGAGGAAGCAUGGUGUCGGAGGAUUUGUAUGUCUUUUGUGCCAGCUUGUAUGUUGUGCCAUGUAUGUAAGACAAGAAUAAACUGCUACUUUCAUUCA